AAAGCAGCGGGAGGUGCAGAUCGAUACGGACUACAACCGAUCCACGAUCCAGUGCUUGGAUGCUCUCCUAACUCUCCCUGAGAUCAUUUUGCCCAAAUCUGCGCUUGAUGGACCCUGAUGCGUGACCCCUCACCGGGCUCAAAGCGCGCCUCUCAGCCAUGGGCUGCGUCCAGAGUUUCAGCUGCAAGUCGCGCGUCAAACGCGAGAACAUCACCGUGUGUGACAUGUCGGCCACUAUCGACCAGUGCCAGACUCUGAUUGAGGAGAACUCGCCCAUCGUGCUUCGCUACAAGACGCCGUACUUCAAGGCCUCCGCCCGGGUGAUCAUGCCACCCAUCGCUCGAAACGAGACCUGGGUGGUCGGCUGGAUCCAGGCCUGCACUCAGAUGGAGUUCUACAACACCUACGGGGACAUCGGCAUGUCCAGCUGGGAGCUGCCGGAGCUGAGGGACGACGUCGUGAACGCCAUCAGCGACUCGGACGGCGUGAGCUACCCAUGGUACGGCAACACCACCGAGACCGUGACCGUGUCGGGCCCCACGUCCAAAACGUCGCGGCUCUUCGUCAGCAUGAACGACAACUUCUACCCGAGCGUGACGUGGGCGGUGCCCGUGAGCGAGAGCAACACGCCGCUGCUCACCCACAUCGCCCGCGACCAGAGCUUCACCACCUGGCUGGUGGCCCUGAACGUCAGCACCAGCGAGAAGAUCCUGCUGCAGGCCGUCAAGUGGAGGAUGAAAGUGGAAAUCGCCGUCAAUCCCAUGAUGCCUCUGGGCUCCAGGGCCCGGCUCGUCGGACCAGUUUACCAGGACCAGCCCAAGAUUCUGACUCAUAUGGAACCCAUUCCGCCGAACGCUAUGGCCAAACCCAACGCCAACGAUGCUCAGGUGCUCAUGUGGAGGCCUAGAAGGGGGGCGCCCAUCGUAGUGAUACCUGCAAAGUAG